AUAUAUUUAUGAUGGUACUAUUGAUCUCACUGAUAUUGAUUUUUCGGACAUCAUUUUUCUUUUAUUGGGCGCUCAUGAACUCCGUCUCAAAGAAUUAUGUAAUUAUAUUGAAACGUACGUUGUUGGUCAAAAAGAUCUUAUAAAGAAGCAUAUUACUCUCAUCAAUAGAAAUAGAAAAGCAUUAUCAAAUUUUACAAAAUUUGCAGGAUUAUGGAAAAAAAUCAUCUCACAAGAUGUGAAUAUUUUCAGGAGUAAUGAUUUUACUACACUUCAAAGAGACGAGUUCCUUCAUUUUUACAUUAACCGCCCGACAAAUAUCACUGAUAUUGAAUUAUGGGAAAAACUUCUUAAAUGGUCAACACAUUCUGGUUCUUUACCUUCAAAUGUUACUCAAUAUAAUACUAAGCAUGUUGCAAUUUUAAAACAAUUGAUCGAACCAUUCAUUCCACAUAUUAAUUUUAAAUGUAUUAGCAAAAAAGAUUUUAGUCAAAAAAUUCGCCCAUUCCGUCAAGCUUUUGAUCCCGAUUUUUAUAUUCAACUUUUAGACAUACAUGUAUUUGAUGAAUUUCAAGAAUCAGACAAUACGACUAAACCUCCCUCUCCCUCAAAUAUUUCUACAAUAUCUGCGGCACUCACAUCUGGUGCUAAAUUACCGAUAUCUGUAGAAAUCAAUUUUGAAUCCACUAGAGGCAGAUCCACUGCUGUUACAGCUGUUACAACUUCUAAACCAACAAAUACUACUGAAUUUAAAUCUACAAAAUCUACCUCUGCUUCUACUACAAUUACUUCUGCUUCUACUACAAUUACUUCUGCUUCUACUCCUACUUCCUCACCUACUCUCACUUCUACUUCCACAUCUGCCUUUUCACCUACUUUCACGCCUACUCCCACUCUUACUUACAUACAUACUUCCACAUAUACUUCUGCACCUACCUCUGUACCUCCUUCUACACGACAACUCACGAUUCAAUCAACUAUAAUUGAACAAAAACAUAUUGUAUUGAUAGUAAAAUGGAUUAAUGAAAUAUGCAAUUUAGAUCAAAGUACUUUUUAUACCUUCAAUUUACUACAACGUGCUUCAAGACAUGGCUCUAGUUCAAAAAAAUUUCAUUCUCGCUGUGAUAAUAAGGGACCAACUUUAGUUAUUAUCCGUAUUAAAGAUACAGGCGAAAUUAUUGGUGGUUAUAACCCAAUCAAUUGGUGUAAAGCAGCUGUUAAAAAUACUUAUCAUUCCACUUCAACAAGCUUUGUAUUUUCUUUAAACCUUCAAAAUCUAGAUGAUUCAAUAGUUAGUAAAGUAAUUGACACUGAGCAUGCAAUUAGACAAAAUAGAUACACGGGUCCAGGGUUUGGAAAAAAUGAUUUAAAGAUUUGUGGUGAAACAAAGGAAAACGAGAAAAGUAGAUGUAGAAAAGGGAGUUAUGAAAAAUCAAUUCGACAAAGCAGUGAUAUUUUUUCUGUUGAUGAUUAUGAG